CGGUUUCAAUGGAUAAAUAGGAUGACGUCGAGAAUCUCCACUUUAUCAAUGAUUAAUAAAUGCGCUAUUUCCAUACGUGCAUAUUUAAUGUGCUUUAAUAUUGAUCCACUGCCUUAGCGACCGUGCUUUGUUACCUCUACAGUUCUUACAGCGUAGACAAUACUACAUGCUUCUGAUAGAAAUGUUAAUUGUACCAGUAUAAUCGAUUCUAUAAUGUAAUAGAGAUAUACUCAAAGCCAUUUCAAAUUGUACAAUAGAAACACCUUCGAUACGACUGACAGCGAGAAACCAAAGCAGAGCAAAAAGAGAGUGAUAAGAAAGACUAUUAACUUCUAACACACCAUGUAAGCUACCAAAGCAGUUAAAAAUCACUCUCUUCCAUCCUUGAUCUCAUACCAUCAGUGUCCAAAAAUGCCAGAUCCGAAUACAACACUAUACCUGCGAAACUUACCUGACAAAAUAAACAAGCAGGAGCUUAGAUCGCAAUUAUACUUUCGUUUCCAAUCAUAUGGUCGGAUACUAGACGUUGUUGCCUUAAAGACUGACAAAUUGCGAGGACAAGCCUGGAUCGUUUUUGAUGUACUUUCUUCAGCAACAUCUGCUAUGAGAGCUGAGAAUGGUUCUAGAUUCUACAACAAAGCUAUCAAUAUUGACUACGCGAAGACCACAUCCAAGGCUUACCAGCAGUACAUAGGUAACUCAGAGAGUCUCUUUAGUGAUGCACAAAAAGCUGCCCAAGGUGGUAUACAGAGAAUGGUCGUAUCUAACGCUUCAGAGGCUAGUCUUGGUCUCAAGCGUGCACGUGAAGCAGAGGAAUUGGCAAGGAGUAGCGAGAAUGAUAAAAGGAUAAGAACUGAAGAGUAAUCUUUUUUAGAAACAGAAUCAUUAUAAUUUAUUGUACAAUAUAUUACUUAAAUCCAUGUCUUUGACGUAAGCAUAAGUCGAAUUCAUCUUGCAGUGUUUCGAUCGUCUUGCUACAGUCUGGUCGUAUCGUUCCUUCACCGUAAAGUGGCGCUGCACGAGCUUUACUAUUUGAUGUCAUGAUGUCUUGCUCGAUUUCCUCUUGGUUCUCGAUACCAACAUUGGAUGCUUGCAGUACACCCUUGUCAGCUCCGUGACGGACUGUCCCAUGCAUUGUUACAGGCGUUAUAGGGUUCUUAUCGAUCAUGUCCUGCCAUACCGCUAUGAAUACACCUGGUCCAAUAUCUGGUUCUGGUCGGGUUUUGUCUAACAAAUCUACCAAUUUUUGUCUAGAAGAUUCAGAAACAUUUUCUUGAUAUUUGACAUGCUCAUCGAGCUCUUUGACUACUUCUUUUUGAGUAUUUUCAUCUAAUUUGUCAAACAGUUCUUGAAGAACUGGUGAGAAAUCUCCAGCUCCAGCGCAAUCCUCUUGAUUUUCUUCUUCUGACUCCGUACGAUACUGUUUCAAACUAUGGAGGUACCAUUCAAGAUACAUUUCUUUCAUCUCUGGUGCGUUCUUUACUAAAUUGUGAAGGAAUUUGUGUAAAUUUUUCUGAUGUUUAUCAAACAAUGCAAUAUAACUACGCGGACCGGCUUUAUCUUGAGCGAUUUUAACCAAAUCAUCAAUGAAGAUUUGUAAAUCAUCUAAAGUUUCUUUAAGAUUGACAGAUUUGUGAAGCUUGCGUAUCAGUGGUUCGAACGCAUUCAUUGCUUCAGUGACGCAUAAAGAAACUAGAUCAGGUUUUGUAUGUACUAAGGCGUCAAUCAGUCGGUAUCUGUCGCGAAUCGCUAACUGUAAAGUCAACUGUGUGAGGAGUGUUGAAUGAGCUUCCUCGGAUAUAGGUGCUUCUACGUCGUUUCUUUCUAAUAUCGUAAUGAUGAUCGAUUGGUUCUUCUCUAUACUCUCGUUACGUAUAUCUAUUCUAUCUUCUCGUGAUGCGUCGUCAACGUAUUUCUGUAUUGCUAUCUUUUGCUGGUCAGUAGCCCCACUUUCGGCUUCCCUUUUUUCAACACUCUGCCAUUGCUUCUGAAGGUUUGACUUAUCUUUACCUAAAACCGAUGUAAUAAUA